GAUACUGAUAUCGAGACUGGUAAAAUUUUGUUCAUCUGCUUUUGAUUUGAUUUGAUUCCAAGAGCAUUGACAUUUUGUUAACCGUUUAAUCUAUUUUUCAUGUCAAAUUUCUGCAGAAAUGAACCUUGCAAAUGCAAGGCAAACCAAGCUUGAAGAUGCUACUGAUGAUGACACCCCAAGUACCUCUGGAUGCCAAUUUGCAGACUCUCAUGUUUCUCAGCGUUUUGGCCAAUCUCCCCUACCUGCCUAUGAACCAGCUUUCGACUGGGAAAAUGAGAGGUCAAUGAUAUUUGGCCAGAGGACUCCAGAGAAUCUUGUGGUACACCAUGGCAGUGGAUUGAAGAUCUCUGUGAAAGUUCUGUCCCCUGCGUUUCAAGCUGGAAUCGUUGAGCCAUUCCAUGGUACAAUUUCCUUAUACAAUAGGGAGAGAAGAGAAAAAUUGUCAGAAGAUGUCUAUUUUAGCAUUCUACCAACUGAAAUGCUGGAUACUAGUAAAGUAUCUUCAGAGCCCCGUGGACUUUUCUAUUUAGAUGCUCUGUCCGCAUCUGUGUGUCUACUAAUCCAAUUAGAGAAGCCUGCAACAGAAGAAGGGGAGUUACUCCUUCUGUUUAUUCACGUAAAGAACCUGUAUGUUUCCAGCUUGUUCAUCUUCAAUCCAACCUCUGAUUAAAUGUGAUAAAAUUUCUCUUUUGUUGGCCUGCUUGUUACCUGGCAGCAAGAAUUUUAACUGUUGCCCCCUCAUCAUCUGUCUUUCAAUUGGUUUAGUGUGGUAGUUACUGUGGAAAAUAAGGGCUCUGCAUCUGCUAGAUAAGUUAGCUAAUCAAUGGCAUCGCAAUUA